AUGAAGAACGAAGAUUUUCCAUCUAUAGGCAAAUCUAAGAAACCACAACAGUCAGUGUGGAAUGAUGUACAAACAGAAACCGGUCACGAUAUAACACCUACUUUAACAAAAGCACUUCUGCUUAUGAAUGAAAAUCUGGUUGAAAUGCGUGAAAGUAAUAGAAGAGUAGAAGAGAAACUUGAAAAAAUCAAUACGCAAGUGAAUCAAACAGCAUUAGAUGCAGAACUACACCAAAGCACAAUGAAUAAAUUGAUUGAAAAUGUUCAAUCACCCAUUCAAAAUGUACUUGGUCCAGUAACGCAUCAAAUAAAGCCUGAAUUAUUGAAGUCCAAGAUUGGUUUACAAUCAAUCUACGAUAAUCUGUGUGAUCUGAAAACGGAUUUAAAAAAUGAUUAUGAAAUAAGACAUAAACGUCCAACAUCAUCACUUCAACCACCAAUUCCAAAUAAACAGAUUGCAGCAUCUGAAAACACGAUUAGAGAUGAUUCAUUAACUAUGAAAUAA